UCGCCUGGCCACUAAUCUGUUGUCAAGUAAAAUUUGUUGCUGACGACAAGAAAAGUAGAGAUAUUUUUGGGAAUUUUCUACUUACUUAUCUACUUGUUUGGACAAAUCUUGGAAGAAGCCGCCUAGAAAUAUGGAGUCUUUGCAGAAGGAGCUGGCAAAGAUAAAAGUUACGCUACCAGAUGUAGCAGACAUGCCUUCUGCCAAGGUACACCCAAACUCUCUUCCUGGGUCAUACAAGACUAAUAAUCCACAGGAGAAACUAGUCCUGUCAUUUGCUGAAAACUUCAGACGGCAGUUUGUCCAUCUAUACCGCGACAGAAGGCCUUUGCUGCUAAACCCAGUAAACGAGUGUGGUGUUGAGAAAUUCAUCUGCACAUACAUCAGGGCCACCUUACUACCUUAUAAGGAGAUCUACGACUAUGAUGGCUGUGCUCAGUUUGUGUCAGAUUACUUGACUUUUGAACCACUUGAUCCUCCUAUUGAUUUGCCUAGCAAGCUCUGUUCAUCGACGUCUGUUCUAAAAAAGCAGCAAGGCAACUGCUUUGAAUUCAGUACUCUGCUUUGCUCUCUUCUGAUUGGCUCAGGAUAUGAUGCAUACUGUGUGUGUGGAUACGCCACUAGGGAAACCACCCUAAUGGAUGAGUCCAGAGAGGUCUGCCCUCUGCUCAGGAAAAAAGAUGAGGUAACAAAAUCAGAAGAGAAAAAAGAAAUGAAGAAAUAUUCUGUUAAACCCCCCAAAGACCUGAGAAGCAGGUUUGAGGCCAAGCUAGAGGAAAAAGCGAGGGCUGAGGAGGAGGCAAAGGAGAAAAAACGCAAAGAGGAGGAUGCAACAAGGAUAGCGGAGCUUGAGAAGCCCAAGCCAGACAAGCUUCACGGCCUCCGUGUCCACUGCUGGGUUCUGGUUCUUUCAGGCAAACGUGAAGUCCCAGAGAGCUUCUUCAUUGAGUCCCUGACAGGCACAGCACACCAGCUGAACCACUCUGCUUACCUUGGUAUAGAGAGCGUGUGGAAUGACAAGAAUUACUGGGUCAACAUGCAGGACUGCUCCAAUGGUGUCCAGGACCUGGUGUAUGAUCUUGGGGAUGCAUCCAAGUGGGAGUUCAUGUUCCCAGGAACCGAAAAACCGCUCUUGAGCAUUCCCACGAUGGAGGAUGAACCACUUGACUUCGACGAUGACGAGAAUGAGGAUGAGACUUCAGACUUUGACCUUCCGCCUUCCUGGGUACUCCCUAUAGAAAUGUCACUGAAAGAUUUCCAGACGCGCUGUCCGUACGGGAAGAAGAUCAAACUGUACAAGAAAGCCAAGCUAGAGAAAUUCGCCGAGUAUCUCUUGAAGGAUGGACUUAUCUCACGCCUUUCCAACACCAGUGAUUAUGAACUGAAAGAUCUGCUUGAAAAAAGAGAGGUAUUCGAACAUCGCAAUGACAAGCUUGAAUCGCGUGUGUAUGACCUAACCACGGGAAUCAACGUGGAGAUCUUCGCACCUGGGCGGUUGGACUGCCUACAUGAACACACUUAUAAAGCUAACAGUCCAGGGCCCGAAACAGAACGAACAAUGACGUUCUACGCAAGCGCGCGUAUCGAUGGUUUGGUAAAGAGAGAAGAGACGCCCGAGGAAAUGAUUGAGACUUAUGUAGACAGAGACGACUACCUGUACUACUGUCACGUUACUUUUGGCAAGCGGGUCAAGAAGUUUGGGCCGCAAGACAACAAUGUCAGACCCAUCAUGAAAAUCGUUGAGCGAUUCCACCGUAAUGCGAGUAAGCCCGCGAAUGAAGACGUGGCUGAACGUGUGUUCCUUCUAAUGGAUGAGCGCAUCAACCUUACCUUUCACCUGGAAGACAACAGGGUGACCGCGUCUACGCGCGAGUUCGCCCGACCGCCACAUACUUCUGAGAAGGGCGGAGUGCUCACCAUGACCCCAGAUAUGACAACUUCCUUCCAGGUGGACCCCCUGGUCAAGCCACCCAAAAAUCUUCAUGUCUACGACAUGCUGGUGUCGUUGGUGGAAGCAGAGGAAAAGUGCAUUCAGCGCGUCAGGCUCUCAGAAGAAGAGGUAAAAGAGAUCUUACAACAGCGCAUCAAAGAAGAAGCAGCUCCCCAACUCUCCGUGUCAGUGUAUGACACGGAAAGGAAUGAGAAGGCGAAACUCCACAGACAAGAAUUGGAGCGCAAGAUGCAAGAGGAAGCGAUGAAGAAGCACGAGACUGAGCUGGACUACCUGGCCCCCUUCCUGGCACAGAUUGGUGACCCACCUCGGAUCAGCCGCCAAGAGGCAUACAAACUGAAGGAAGAGUGUCUACAGGACUUGAAACAGCGACUUAUUGAUAAGGCAAACCUCAUCCAAGCACGAUUUGAAAAGGAGACACAAGAGCUACAGCGUAAGCAGAGCUGGUAUCAGCAAAACCAGAUUUCCAUGACAAACGAAGACGAAGAGGAGUACCUGAACUUCUGCAGUGAAGCGAUGUUCAGGAUCCAUAUCCUUGAACAGAGACUCAACAGACACAAGGAACUCGCCCCCACCAAGUACAUGCAGCUGGAACAGAAACUCAGGACGGACCCAAGAUUAGCAGAGUACUUUUAGAUGUUGCUUAGAUUUCCUACAUCGGCUUUGUAGGAAUGCCUUCUUUACUUAGUAUCUUUUAUAUUGUAAAUGGUUGAAAUUUUACCCAUCUGUAAGUAUUUUGCCAAUGAGCAAGAGACUGGUAUAGUGUAACUUUUAUUAUUACCAUCUUUUUCCAUUUACACUUUUAUAAAAAUCUGCCAUGUUCUACCAA